AUGUUCGAUAAUAUUUCCUUUGGUCAACCCAGAAAACAUGGACAUAACCUUAGCUAUGGAGGUGGAGUUAACUUUGCUAGAUAUAAAAGACCGGAAAUUAGCAAAUAUAAAGCAUUAAAGCCUAAUAAUUCGUAUAAUUUCAACUAUAAUGACAAGUACUCUGCUUAUAGCAACCGCUCUCAUCGCAAGCUUGAUGACAAGCCUUCAUCAAGACUCUCUGCUCACAACAAAAACUUAAGCCAUGGAAACAUUUUAGAUGUCAAGUCUCUUGAUCGAAAAGAGCCAGAGCCAAUCAGCAAUGUGUCUCCUAACAAAGAUGCUAAUGAGAACUACGGAUAUGAUGCAUACAAAAGCUACGAUCACACAGUCAAGCCUCAGAAUGAUAGAUUUGAUUUAGGCUCACGCAACUCUCGUGGGAGCCAGCAAGCUGACGACAAGAGAGCAUCUCGCACAAAACUAAAUCACACGAUUUCAUACGAUCAUCCUGACGACAAAGUUCUGCAGCAAAUGCCUGCUCCACAUCGUAGCGAGUCACCUACUAUGUCUCAAAGAAACCUUCCCAAGUACUCAGGAGUCCAUGGUUCCAUCCAGGACUCACUUGAAGAUCACAUUUACAGAGCUAGGACCGGAGUCUCAGCCAGAGACCUUAACAGCAGAGUAGCUCAGAAAGAUGUCGAGCGGCAAUCCAUUGAGCAAGACCGGUACUACUCCAGACUCAACAAGAUGAACUCCAAGCAAGCCCAGAUCUUCGAGAAGUACCUUGUCGACCAAUUGGUCCCAGCAAAAGACAAAGAAAAGCACCUGGAACAAAUCGAAAAGCAAAAGCGUGAAGAAGCCAAAGAGCGACUAGACUUGCUCGAUAAAGGCUCCAAACAUCACCAGACUGCACUCAAGCGCGAGUAUAGGAAGUAUCUUAACAACCAGAUGGACCUUAGAAGGAAAGAAAAAGACUACCAGUCUCAGAUGAAGAAUUUUGCAGCCCUAGAACAGCAGAAAGACAAACAAGAAAAACUCGGCAAGCUCGAAAUGAAGCAUGCUUAUAGAAGUGCCUUGCAGUCACAAGAAUACUUAAAAUCAAAGCAGAAACUUAACGAUCAGACGAAGCUACACCAGUACACCCACGGUGGGAGUCCUGAUGCCGUGUACACAUUUGGAGGUACAUUCACAAACACUGGAAACCAACAGAUCGAGAAGGGCUACAUCCAGCCGAACCCAAUAGUGAACCCGGUCUCUGACCCAAUGUACAACCCAUACUUUAGAAGAGACAUUUUAAGUGGAAUGAAUGAGAUCCAGAGAAACCCUCAGCAUUAA